AUGCCGCAACCUACAAGAAAUAUAAUUAAAUGGGCCUGCGACGCCUGCAAGCUCCGCAAGGUCAAGUGCUCAAGUGAGUCGCCAUGCUCAGGCUGUGUGGCUGCUGGCAUCUCAUGUACCUUCAACAAGCGUCCGUUGGUGCGAGGCCCAAGAGGCUUGCGUGCUAAGACGAUCCGGCGGAUCACUGCGACUCAGCAGCAGCAGCAGCAGCAGCAGCAGCAGCAACAAGAGCAGGAUUAUGGCUGGUGUGAUAUCGCAGGGAGUCCUAGUGGGAGAAGGCCGGGUCAGAUAACACCAGCGAGGUCGUCCAGUACACCGUCGCCAUCCAGUGAUACCCACGAAGUCACAACCCCUGGUUCAAAUGCUCUAUCCUCGACAAAUCGUACUAGCGACGAGCCCAGCCGGACAUCGACAUCAUCCCUAGUCCUGCGACUUUGCGUCUACAGACUGCGCUUGUUCCCGGUAUGGCCCAUUGUUGACGUCGAAGAGGUCAUGGGAAACAUUCACCGCGAUCCGAACAACAUGGACGCCUAUGCCCUGGCGAAUGCCAUUGGGGCUGCAACCAUCGCCCAGCUCAAGCUAGAUAGCCCCGAGAACGGGGAUAUGGCGACGGCGGCUUCGAUGGAGGCUGAGUGCCAACGGGCCAUUGAGCUGCUCCGAAAGGAUGGAGGGGACUCUACUAUGAAUGUUAAUGCCCUGCGCGUGUCCUUCUUCUUACACGUCUAUCAUGAGAACCGAUCGCCGGGUGGGUCGAGAUCCUUGCUUUACCUCCGGGAGGCCAUUACUAUUGCCCAAAUAAUGGGCUUGCACCGAGAGGCAACGUACUCUUCAUUGUCGACCCGCGAGCAGCAGAUGAGACAGAGGAUCUUGUCCUUGCUAUUUGUCACCGAAAGAGGGGUGGCGAUGCUUCAUAAAUUGCCCGUCAUGCUGCGAUACAAUGCCCGCUUCAUCAACCUCGACGAAGCCGACGACGAGUCCCAUGUCUUACCUGCAUUCAAGAAGCUCGUGAGUCUCUUCUUAAUGUUUGACCAGUCUGGCGCUUUUGAUAUUCUGCAUACCUCAGACGAGAUUCAGCUCCCCCCAUACGAAGGCAUGCAUGCCCUGAACCGUAACAGUUUCAGUCUGCUCCAACAUCAGCUACGAGAGGCCUCAAUUCAAUUGAAGGAGACUAAUGACGUUCAGAUGGCGGACAUCUGCGUCACGACCCAGUGGAUGCAGGCCAUCUUAUGGAGGGCAUCGAUGCGUCGCAGAUCUACUCUUGACUCGUCACAGCAGCAUAUAACCUCACUCUCGCAUCCAAUCCAGAUUGCCAAGGAUUUUCUCGAAACAAUGUCUCACCUUCCUAGCUCUGCGAUAGAGGCCCACGGACCAGCCAUGGAGUACAAAAUUUAUGAGAUUGCGAAGGCCGUGACUGACUCGGUCACGACCGAAUUCAACGGCCAGCCAAUCUCACUCGAUAUCCCCAGGGAGAUCCUCCUCCGGCUCCAGAGCAAGCUGGCCUCCUGUCGUGGAGGUAACAAGGUUCUCCUGCCACUGCUGCAUGCUCGCAUAUCAGAAGCCCUGCUUCGUCCUAGCCCGCGCAUCUACAAAAUCUCCGAUUAUGACCCCUCGUCGAAGCCACUAUCCGGAGAGAGAAUGCUAUAUUCAAGUCAACAGUCCCAAUCCGUACCUCUAUCAAAUCCACCGUCAUUACGACCCGCAGAAAUUUAUGAGCAGCAGGUGAACACAGAGGGACAAGAACUCUCACAAUAUACCACUGAUAUUGUCCCGACAUUACGAGUGGUGAGCUGGGACCACAACAUCCCCGACAUACUGCUUUCCUCCGAUCAAGAUCCAUUCAACCAGGCGCAGGUUUUUCAAGGAUCUUUCGGCAAUAUUGAAUCUGCGGGGACUGUGGAAUUUCUUUUUGCCAAUAACGCAAUUUGGGAUUCUAAUGAGAGCUGGGACUCGCAGUUCACUGGCGCGGCUUCGGGGUAG